UCUCUCUCUCUCUAUAUGAUUGCAUACAGCCAUACACGUCUUUAUCUCAAUUGAUCCCACUAAUCUGUCACAUUUUCUCUCCGUAAAUAAAAACCUUGUCUUCCCAAUUUCAAUAUAUCGUUAUCUUCUUGUUCUGUCCUAAUUUUCUUGUCAAUGUCAAACUCUGAAAUCUCUUCAUCUUCUACGCCUUCACUCCUCGAGUGUUCUUCUCAUCAAAACAAGAUUCAACUAGUUUCGAAGUCUGUAUCCGACCGACUCCUCCAGAAGUUCUUUGAUGCAUCUGAAUUUGACUUCGAUUAUGAGCAAAGUGGGCUGUGGUCUCCUCCCGUUAGAAGAAGCGUAUUCAUGAGCUCCCCCGGUAGAAUAUUUACUGAACAAGAAAUGCUUGCAAAACUUAGAAGUGUUAUGGAUAAUUCUCGUAGCAGAAGAAGACAUAAAGCUUGCUUCAACAUGGCAUUUUCUUGCUGUUAGUUAUUAAACUGAGAGAGAAAGUUGAAGUACAAUACAGAGAUUUCCCUAACUUUUCUUUUCUUUGCGCUGCUGGAUAAUGUAAAUAUCCAUCUUUUUGUACGAUACAUAUAUAUUGGAAAUACUUAUAUUA